CGGCCACGCACUUCCUGUUAUCGUUGACGCAGCCAUGAGCGGUGUGGCCACCAUGUCCGAGGACGAGCACACGCUGGAGGACAUUUCGUGGGACGAGAUCGACAAACUCAAGUACUAUAUCGUGGGCCCCACCAUGUUCCUGGCCGUACGGGCCGCCGUGUAUCCGUCCAACCUGGUUAAGACGCGGCUCCAGGUCCAGUCCAAGCACAAGCCGCUGUACUCGGGCACGGCCAACGCCUUCGCCACCAUCUUCCGGCAGGAGGGUGCUCGUGGCCUUUACAAGGGGUUCGGGGCCAGCACAGCCAAUGUGCUCACAGGCAACCUCUACAUCUCGGUCUAUGAAAAAUCUCGCAAAGUGGUCAAGGAUCACACGACGGUGGGUGAUAAGGGAGCUAACUUUGUGGGCGGAGCCAUCGCAUCGCUCGUCUCGCAGACGGUUGUAGUGCCGCUGGACAUUGUGUCACAGCGGAUGAUGCUCAGUGGCCAAGGGCAGGAUGUCCGCAAGACCAGAGAACACCCCAAGGGAUUCCUCACUGUCACCAAGCAGGUGUUCCGUGCUGAGGGUAUCCGUGGAUUCUACAGAGGAUAUGUGCCGUCCAUCGCGACGUACGCGCCGUCGUCCUCGAUCUGGUGGGGGUCUUACGGACUGCUCGUGCCCGUGUACUAUAAAGUGAUGAAGUCGUGGGACACUGAUCCGUUCUGGAAACAAGUGGUGGCGCAGGGACUGAGUGGGGCGAGCGCUGGCAUCAUCACUGGCAUUUUGACAAACCCCAUGGACAUUGUGAGGACAAAGGCCCAGGUGUAUACGCAAUACGGCGCUAUGGAUACCCUAAAGUAUAUUUUAAAGACCGAAGGGCCGAUGGGUCUCAUGACGGGCCUCUCAGCGGUGCGUAGCAGCAGUUUUUGCGUUUAUUGCAUCGGAUGUUAAGCUUACAUUUUUUCUGUUGUUGUUGUAGCGGCUGUUGGCUAUGGGUCCGUCGGGCAUCCUCAUGGUCACAUCGUACGAGUUCGUCAAGCGUGUAUGCCGGAAGCCUCAGCCGACUGACACGGACGCGUAGCUCCCGUAUACAGUAGUUUCUACAGUAGUUUUUUUGCCAUCCUCUAGAUAGAGACAUUAGUAGACAGAUGCAUUUGUCCAUCCAUAUACAUGUCCAACUCAAUACAACUAUCUAAGCUCGACG